AUGGCUGCCAGACUUGCAACCACUAGAAUUCGAAGAGUCAAAUGUGGCGAGGAGAAGCCCUUAUGUCUUCGAUGCGUCAAGACCGGGCGCAAAUGUGAAUAUGGGGUCACUGAUCUAUCUUACUCUGCAUCUUCUACCUUAUAUACACGCCCCCCUAGCUACAGUUUGGCCGAGUCACCAAACAAAGGCUGCGGGGAGCGCCGUGCCUUUGAAUACUAUGUCCAAAAUGUAUCCAAGGGACUUGCCGCUGGGAUGAACCUCGAUUUCUGGACCAAAGUGGCCCCUCAAAUUUGUCGCUCCGAGCCUGCUGUGUGGGAUGCCAUCAUCUCGAUUAGCGUCUUGUACGAACAUCCUGACCAGUGCCUGGAUUUUCCGCUCUUGAGGAUCCACCAGGGAAAGAAUCACAGCCUCAAUCAUACCCAGCGAGAUGCCUUGACGUGGUACUCCCGCGCCAUAUCCAACGUCCACUCCCAGAUUGUGCGCGGUAAAGCAGAUCCGUAUAUCGCGCUGAUUAGCUGUGUGCUAUUCAUCUGUGUCGAGGCCAUUCAGGGACGCGCGGUCGAAGCUCUCCAGCUCUACGAGCAAGGCGUGAAUUUGAUUCUUACCUUGCGUCAUCAAGUUGCUGCUGGCGCACUUUCCCUCCCCAGAUCCUUAUUUCUAGAUAACACUAUCAUCCCGUUAUUCUUGAGGCUGGGUGCCAUCUCCCUGACUAUAUCGGUGGUUCAAGUCAGCGAGAUUUUCAACCUUGCCGACCAGAACUUGAACACCGAGUUCACCUCUCUUGAUGCUGCAAGAACGGCGAUCUCGGUUGUAUUCGCUGAGGUCACUCUCCUCGAGCGAGAGGCGAUGCCGAUUCGCAGAGCUCCUAUUGGGGAGUUUGUCGCGGGGCCGGAAAUGCUUGCCAAGCAGCGAAUGCUCAAAACGAAACUGGAUCAGUGGCUGCUUGCUUACACAAAUCUCUGCAAAUCUGGUGUCCCGGCUGAGCCGGUGAUGUUGGCGUUCCAUGCUGCUGCUUCCAUAUACAUUUCGACGUGUUUGACGCAGCAGCAAUUAAUCUACGAUGAUUACAUCGAUGACUUUGCCAUUAUUGUUGAGAAUGCAGGCCUGGCUUUUGCAACUUCGGGGGGAUCAGCACCAUUCACUUUCGAAAUGGGCUUGGGCCUCCCGUUAUUCCUGACAGCAAUCAAGUGCCGUGAUUCAAGUCUGCGGCGGAAGGCUUUGGAAUUGCUACGCCAGGCACCGCCUGUUCAAGCGUUUUUCCCUUGUACCCCUCAAGCUUUGCUGGCAGAGAAGUGCAUGGAAUUGGAAGAACAUUACAGCCAGCUCAUGGUAUCUAUGCAUGGGUCUACUAAUGCUGGUGAAUACUCUACUAUUAUUCCUGAAGAGGCUCGUAUAUGUUAUCAUGAUGUUUUCCGACCUCCGGAUACGGGCUCUCCGGGCGGUAUGGGAGGAGACUUUGGUGGGGAUAAUUCUGGCUCGAAUGUGAUCUUGGAAGUCUUUCGAAAUCACUUUGAUCCGGUUAGCAACAGAUGGUGUAUGAUAUCUCAAUGUGUACCGCUAUAA